AUGAAAAUUGGCUAAACAGCAAGCCGAGUGAACACAAUGGAAUUAUGUUAACGUUAAUGCACAUAAAAAUGCCAGUGGCGUCGCCAAGCUAACUCGUCGUCGUCGUCGUCUACCCUCAUCAACAUUUUUGGACGCCUCUCGUUCUCUCGCUCUCGUUCCCGUUCUCACACCUCUGCGGAUUUCUCUCAUCCAACAACAACAGCAGCAACAACAGCGAUAACAAUGCCCAUGAGUGAUGUGGCCACAGCCUUAAUGUACACGGAGCACGGCAACGGAACAACAACAACAACAACGAAGCACACAAAAGCGGCAACAUCCACAGCAACUACAACACAAUCCACAGCAGCAGCAGCAGCUGUUGCUGGAGGAGGAGCAACAGCUACAAACAUGACCAACUCAUCCAAGGCAGAAGUGGCAGGAGGAGGAGGAGCUGUUGCCACAGCUGCUGCUGCUGCUGCUGCACAAUUGGGCAACAUGCUGGCACCGUCGUUCAAUCCCUCCCCGCUGGCCGCCUUGCAGUGCCAGAAGUGGCCCAAUUUCUUCGAUCUGGACAAGGUGAUUAAACAAUUGCGCGCCGCGGAAAAGCAACAUUUGCGUGCUGGCCGAACUGGUGGCAGCGGCAAUGCUGGCAGUGGUGUGGGAGGAAGUGGUGCAGCUGACACAAGACACAGUUCAAAUGUGGUGCAAGUGCAGCGUUUAAAUGCCGCCGAUAUGUCCUACUAUGACAUGGUGCCCGAGCUGGCGGCGCGUGAUCUUAUCGUUUGUAAUGCCUGCAAUGGCAGUUAUGUCCUCGCCGGUUUCAACAAUCACAUUGCGCUCCAGCAUCCGAGCAUCUGGGAUGCGACGCCCAACAAGAUGAGCAGCAGCAGCGCAACUACUGCUGCAGCAGCAGCAGCAGUGGCAGCCGCCGAUAACAGUCCGGAUGUGCGUGAGCCGGCGGAGCUUGUGGGUUCACCAGCUGACACAUUAUCCGCCACCACUUCGAGCAGUUCCAAUGGCUCCACCAGCUCACUGGCAACGGUGCAAAACAACAACAGCAGUAGCAACAACAACCUCAACAACAGCAACAACAACAACAACGCACACCCAUCUAGCAGCUCAUCGUCGUCGUCAUCGUCGCGUCAUAAAAGCAGCAGCAGCAGCAAGAGUAGCAGUUCCUCCAAGACUAACACCAACAGCAACAACAACACCAACAGCAGCAGCAGCACGAGUCGUUCACGCUCCAAGUCAUCCAAGAACCGUCAUCAUUCCGAUUUGCAUCACAAGAUCGGUGGUGGCUCCAAAAAGAGCAGUGCCAUAGCAACGGCAGCAAUUGUUGCUGCUGCAGCUGCUACUGCUGCGGCGCCACCCAAAGAGGAGCAGGCAACGGCAGCGACAGCAACAGCUUUAACUGUAUUCUCCUCCUCAUCGAAUUCGUCGUGUUCGCUGCCGCCAACGCCAACGCUGGCAACUGCCGCUGGCAGCGGUGGCAACAACGAGUAUGGCAUCAACUACUCACCCGCCGCGCCCGCUCAACAACUAGCCAGCCUGCUCGACGAGACGCAGCAGCCAACUAAAAAGAAGCUGAAAGGAGCAGCAGCAGCAGCUGGAGUUGAAAGCGCAUCGCAUCAUCGCAGCAAACCUGCCAAGGAGAAGCAACUGGCACCACUCUACGAGCAGCAGCAGCAGCUAAGCGAACUGGACCAGGCCGUCUCCUCCAUUACAGGUCAUGUGGAGCUGGAUACGCAGCAGCAACAAGUACGCCAGCAACAGGUUGAUCUGUCUGGGGUCAGUGAGGAUCCAUUGCCAAUGCACAACACAUCCGAUGAUAAUUCGAUAUCGCUGACAUUGGACGAUAUGCUGGACAGCAAGUUCAUCAAUGAAAUACUGAACAAUGUGGAAUCCGAUAUACCCUUCGAUGAGAGCGCACUGGACACCUCCCAGCCGCAGCAGCAACAAUUGCAGCCAGCCACAAAACGAAUUCGCUACGAUGAUGCAGCCGAUGCUGCAAACUAUGCACACUAUCAGCAACAGCAACAACAGCAGCAGCAACAGGUGUAUAGCGAGGAGCAACAGGAGCAAACCCAAUUGACGGCUAUUGAUGCGUUGCAGCUGCAACAGCUCAUCUAUCAGCAGCAACAGAUGCUCGAAGCGGAUCAGCAGCAUCAACAGCAACAGCAACUGAAGCAGGAACUCAACGAGCAGGAGGCAACGCAACAAUUUAACGUGUACGAUGUGCCCUCACUGACCGAUGAUGAUGCCAUCGAUGAGGGAACAACAACACCCACAGCAACAACAACAAUGACAACAGCAACUGCGGCAUCUGCUGAAACAACAACUGCAACAACUGUUGGCGAUGAGCACAUGAUACUGCCAAGUAUUAUCUAUGAGAUAACGGACAACAAUCAGGUGUCCGUGCUGGAUCAACAGAGUCAGCAGCAGGUCAUUGCCGAGUUCCUAACCCAAGCUGGCUACGAUAAUUGCGAUGUGAAUGUGUUGCAGACGGCGGCAGCUAAUAAUGAUGUUGCUGCUGGUGGUACUGCUGGUGCUGUUGCUACUGCUACUGCUGCAACUGCUGCUGUUGUUGCACCCAAUUAUUUCAACGAUGAACUGGGCGAUUUGGACUUUACGAAACUGGAGACUGUUUGCGCGGAAGCCAACCACACAAAGACUGUCAAGCUGGAAACUAACCAGCCACAACAACAACAACCACUACAAGCCACCAACAACAACAAUACAAAUGCAUACAAUAGCUAUGAGUGCAAUUAUGGAGCACAACCACAUCGCCAAUUGGCCAAUGCCAAAUACCAUGAAGAUGCCACCAGCAGCGCCUAUUUCAAUAUGACCCUCUAUGCGGGUCCGCCACGCCCACUGGCAAUGAACACCUUCGGCCUGGUCAAGCUGCCCAAUGGCAUGGGUGCCACGUUGCGGAAGAAUCUGCUGAUGACGCGCAAGGCGAACAACAGUCUGCUCUCGCUAAAUGGCAGCAGUGGCGUUGUGGGCACCUUGGCCCGCCAACCGCCACCGUUGCCAACAACGUUGGGCGUUAAUUGUAAUGGCAGCGGAUCGUCUGUGUCCAUGCCACGUAAUGUCUGUCCGGGAAAAACAAUCUAUGCGCAAAAGUGCAGUGUCAUCCAACAGGACCGAUUGCGUUGCAACAAGCGAGCACUGCUGAGGAGCAGCAACAGCAACAACAGCAGCAGCAACACCAAUGGAGUCAGCAUGACUGUGAAGCGUCUGAAUGAGUUGCUGUCGGGCAAACUGAAGCCACAGGCGGAUUACAACAGCGAAGCCAACGAACAACAACAGCAGCAGCAAUUGGAGGAGAAUCAGCGCAUGAACAGUUUCUAUGAGAAGCGACGCAAAUUGUUGGCAACACGCCAGCAGCAACAGCAGCAGCAGAAGCGACCAAUGCUGAGCACCAGCAAUCACAGCAGCAACAGCAACAGCAGCAACAACAGUCACCGCCAAUUGUUGCGUCAGCGUCCCAUGCAUUUACCAUUGCAACUGAAUGCCAGUCCGCAGCAACAGUUUCUGAAGAAGCAAUUGCUGCGCAGUCUGUCCGACAGCAGUAAUAUACAGGCAGCAGCAGCUGCUGCUGCGGCCGCUGUUGCCGCUGCCAGUGGCAGCAAUAAUCCCUGGAAGAGCAACAACUCAACGCCCGGCAGCAAUUCCGCUGGCAGCGAUUUAAUGCGCGUAUUUGUCUGAAUAUAAACACAUAAAUACAACACACAUAUAUUAAUAUAAAAAAAAGAACAAAAACAAAAAAAUAAUGCUAUUAUGCAUAAGAAAUGAUUACGAUUAUAACAAUUAUGAUUAAUAACAAUUUAUGAUUAUUAUACUUAUGUAUAAGUAGCGCCCUAUGUUAAAUAUUUUAACACACAUUCUAUUUAAAUCAA